CCAACGAUGAAACACCUGGAUGAUGAGGCUAACGACAUCCCUGAUGACAAUGACGACGAUGAUGAUAUUGACGAAGAAAACGACAGCGAUGAUUUUAGUAAAAAUAGGAAGAAACAGCGUCGUAAUCGUACGACCUUCACCACCUACCAGUUGCACGAGCUUGAGCGCGCCUUCGAGAGGUCACAUUAUCCGGACGUUUACAGCAGGGAGGAGUUGGCCUUGAAAAUCAACUUGCCAGAGGUCAGAGUACAGGUGUGGUUUCAGAACAGACGAGCUAAAUGGCGACGGCAGGAGAAGAACGAAUUCGCCAAACUGAGCGACUGCCACACAGUCCAAGCCAUACCUAAGUUGCCCAAGACAUUGAACCUGGAACCAUCCUCGCUGCCCUUGGAUCCCUGGCUGACCCCUGCUAUAUCCGGCAUGACGUCAUCAUCCUACCCCAUGGCACACCCGGCCUGUGUAAUGAGCAGUCCAAGCAGCAGAUCAUUCCCAGAAUACCUCCCGGCAUCGAUGUCGUCACCAUGCAGCAAUCUGACCUCUCACCUCCAGGGACUCUCCGGCGUCUUUGGCCCGGUUAUGUCCGGUCGAGGCCGGACAGGCAACCAUUUCGACAUAAACAAUGACAAGAAUUAUCAUUACCCACCUCUGCGUAUUCGUACACGAGACCGGUUCUGA